AUGUCGCAGACUCACCAUUUAGGGCAGCGGGUGUCGUAUGACGGCGCGCUGUGCACUGUGCGAUAUAUUGGCGAGGUCGCUGGCACGACGGGUGCCUGGUUGGGCGUUGAAUGGGACGACUCCUCUCGUGGCAAGCAUGAUGGCUCUCACAAGGGAGUCCGGUAUUUCAAAUGCCUCUCGAAAUCCCCUCAUGCUGCGUCUUUUGUGCGCCCAACGCGGCCAGCUCAGGAACCCCAGAGCUUUAUCGCAGCAUUGCAGGAAAAGUACGGUUCUGAAGGAGCGCAGCGCGAGACGAGGCCGGCAGAUUCGAAAAUCAUCAUGUUUGGUACCAAAGCGGCCCAGGAAAUGGGUUUCGACAAGAUCAGACGUAAGAUGGCCCAGCUCCAAGAGCUCAAGGUGGUGCUUCUCGAUGGCAUGUGCAUCGCCACCGCCUGGGCUGAGGGAGAGCCUGGUAUCAAGGAGACGUGCCCCAACAUCACACAGCUGGAUUUGACUCGGAAUCUUAUUGAAAGUAUUGAUCCUGUCGUUGAGAUUUGUCGCAAUUUGCCAAAGCUCCGUAAUCUUGGUCUCAGUACGAAUCGCUACCAGAGUUUAUUGAGUGAGAAAUCAAUAAGUGAAUGCAGAGAAGCAUUCCAGGGUGUCAGCGAGAUGGGUCUUGCAGAAACCCUCCUAAGCUGGGAGGAUCUUUCCUAUGUGGCGAGCCAAUUCCCGUCCCUUGAGAUCUUCAAUGUCGGAUUGAAUCAGCUGUCACAUCUACCCAUAGUUGAAUAUGGCUCGCUAGAGAACACACUGACGACGCUGAACCUCGAGUACAACGAGUUUGAAUCUAUUGUUGCCCUCCAAAGCCUUACAGCUCUGACAGCCCUUCGGAAUCUUCACCUCAAGGGAAACAGUAUUCUCCAAAUGGCACCGGGAGGAACCAAGGCACCAAUAUUCCCACCAGCAUUAAAGUAUCUCGACAUCUCAUACAAUGAUGUCCAGGACUGGGCAUUCGUGGAUGCUGUACCUACGCACUUUCCUGGCAUCACCGGGCUACGCAUCUCCCACAACCCCGUGUACGAGACCCCAGACCCUAGCUCAAAGGCGUCUUCAUCGUCUACCGAGGAGGCACACAUGUUUGUAAUAGCCCGUAUUGGGGCUCUCAAGACGCUCAACUUCACCCAAAUAUCGCACUCCGAUCGUGGAAACGCCGAGAUGUUCUAUCUGUCCCGCAUUGCCAAGCAACUGGCUGCGGUUCCCGAGUCCGACGAGGCGACAGUCUUAGAAAAUCACCCGCGCUAUGCAGAACUCUGCGAAAUCUAUGGAGAGCCCGAUAUUAUUCGAAGGCAGGAGGUUAAUCCGGCCUUCUUGGAGUCACGGCUUGUUGCUGUGAAUUUUCAUCAGGAAGGCGUGGGUUCUAAGACGACCAAGAUACCUAAAUCAUACGACAUAUACGCUGUUAAAGGAAUUGCUGGAAAACUAUUCGGAAUAACACCACUGGAGCUGCGGAUAGUAUGGGAAACUGGCGAAUGGGAUCCUGUUGCGGGCUACUACGAUAGAGAGGGGGAUAGCAGCGACGAGGAAGUGGAACUAGAGGACGUGCCUGAAAGAGCUGGGGGCGAUGGCAACGAACAGGACAGCGAAGAUGCUGGCAGUAAACCCGGGCGAUGGGUCAAGCGUGAGGUUGAGCUGAAGGACGGACCGCGACAGCUGGGUUACUGUGUUGACGGCCUGGACGUCACACUUAGAAUAGAAGCGAACUAG